CCAGGGUUUAUUCCGGAACUCUUUCUAGUGAUAUGAGAGUCACAGACCUAAUGUAUGCGGGCGUCCAUAAAUGUUGAUGCUGGAUUUCGUGUGGAAACUUUCGAACUGACUGCCCGUGCGACCCACGAAGAUAAUGCGAUCGCGGGACGAAGAUGGGCAGCACCGCUUGAACUGAGUUGCCGUGAGUCAUCUAUAUGGGCCAUCUUCUUUCGAAAAAUGGUAACCGCUUGAAGAAGAGGAAACGUAAAACGCGGAAGAAGAAGAAGCGGAGGAGGAACUGCUUCCUGCAGGGCCCUUGCAUGCUCUGUUUCAUUGUCCAUGGUAACAGUGGGAGUCUCGACGACGACCGCCUAGAGAACAGUGCCACUAGGCUUGCUGAACGGUACGUGGCGCUGAGUUCUCCCGAGGACUGCGCCAAGUUCCUACUGUCGCCUCAGGAACUUGCCGUCUGGGAAGGGCAGGGCAAGAGUCUCCUGUCGUCUGUGCCCGCCAAACUCAUUGGCCCUCAGGUGCUCUUCCGGACUGCUCUUCCCACUCAAACCCCUGGUGACUAUUCUGAGAUGGUGUGCAAGCGCAAGUGUGGUGAGCCGCGCAGGUCGGGACCCUGCAAGCAACCGCGCUGUGCCUUCCAAGAGGCUGUGGAGAAUGGCGGGGCGGGUGAUACUGGCAGUGCCUCUAUGCACUGCCAUCUUCCACUCUGCCACUUGCCUUCAUCAUCAUCGUCCUCUUCCACCUCCUCCUCUGCAUCCUCCUCAGAAGACAGCUCUGUUGCAGGGCUGCAUGCAAAGGUGGGGCAGAGUGUGGGAGACACCUGCAAUGCUAUGGCCGUGCCCCAGAGCAGCGCUUCAGCUUCCUCUUGCCCACUUGCCUGUAGUGACACCCCAGGGGGCUUUAAUGCUCUUGAAGUGCCAGACAACCCAAGCAUCAAUCAGUUGCCCUCCUCCAUCCUGCUGAAGGUAUUUUCACACCUUUCUGUGAAGGAACGCUGUCUCUGUGCAUCCCUUGUCUGCAAGUACUGGCGUGACCUCUGUUUAGACUUCCAGUUCUGGAAACAGAUUGACCUCAGUGGUCUGCAACAGGUGACUGAUGACCUUCUGGUAAAGAUUGCCUCAUGGAGGCAGAACGUGAUGGAGAUAAACAUCUCUGACUGCCGAAAGGUGCAGGACGCAGGUGUGCAUGCCCUGGCCUCCCGCUGCCCAGGCCUGCUGCGCUACACAGCCUACCGCUGCAAGCAACUAAGUGAUGCCUCUCUCAUCGCCAUAGCAACCCACUGCCCACUGCUGCAGAAAGUUCAUGUGGGCAACCAGGACAAGCUAACCGACCACGCGCUCAAAAAGCUAGGGGAGAACUGCCGGGAGCUGAGGGACGUCCACCUAGGCCAGUGCUAUGGCAUCAGCGACGAGGGCAUGGUGGCUCUGGCCAAAGGCUGCCUUAAGCUGCAGAGGAUCUACAUGCAGGAGAACAAGCUGGUGACAGACAAAUCGGUGCGGGCCUUUGCGGAGCACUGUCCGGAGCUGCAGUUUGUGGGCUUCAUGGGCUGUUCGGUGACCUCUCAAGGGGUCAUCCACCUGACUGGGCUGAAGCACCUGAGCAGCCUGGACCUACGGCACAUCUCAGAGCUCAGCAAUGAGACGGUGAUGGAGGUGGUGAGGAACUGCCGGAGCCUGAGGUCUUUGAACCUGUGCCUGAAUUGGAGCAUCAGUGACAGAUGUGUGGAGAUAAUUGCCAAGGAAGGCAGAAGUCUGAAAGAACUCUACCUGGUGUCAUGCAAAAUCACUGACUAUGCUUUGAUAGCCAUCGGCCAGUACAGCAGCACCAUCGAGACGGUGGAUGCCGGCUGGUGCAAGGAGAUCACAGACCAGGGUGCUACCCAGAUCGCCCAGAGCAGCAAAUCCCUGCGCUACCUGGGACUCAUGAGGUGUGAUAAGGUGAACGAGGAAACUGUGGAGCGCCUGGUCCAGCAGUACCCGCACAUUGUCUUCAGCACCGUGAUGCAGGACUGCAAGCGAACACUGGAGAGGGCUUAUCAGAUGGGCUGGAACCCCAACAGUUCCACCCCAUCGUAGCCGCUGCUCUCCUCUCCAUACACACACACCCUCACACACGCAAACAUAUUGGCAUAGGCGCGCAGACACAACACACAC